UGAAGAGCAUUGCUUGUCUUGAUGGGGCUUAAGUAGCCCUCCAGGGGCAGGGGAACUAACAGAAGCAGCAUUUUCACUUUCAGCCCACAUAGAACUGUCCUCCAGGCUUCUGGGAGCCCAGGGGUGUACGGCCUGCAUUGGGGCUGAAAGCGGUGGCCCUGUGAUGGACUGUCUCUAAGGACAGGGGGAGAGGGGGUUCCAACAGAGAAGAGAAGGAAUGGGUGUGUUGUGAGCUCUGGACUGUGGCUGCUGCACCUGGACCUCUGGUGAGAUGUCUGGCAAGAGCUAGGCUGACUUGUCCACACGGAUCUUGUUGGCACAAAUGUCACCUGGGAGGCUCCACCUGGAAAGCGAGAUGCCUGUCAACAGCACUGCUGUGUCCUUGGCCAACGCUACCUACAUCACUGUGGAGAUUCUCAUUGGGCUCUGUGCCACAGUGGGCAACGUGCUGGUCAUCUGGGUGGUCAAACUGAACCCCAGCCUGCAGAACACCACCUUCUAUUUCAUUGUCUCCCUAGCCCUGGCUGACAUUGCUGUCGGGGUGCUGGUCAUGCCUUUGGCCAUUGUCAUCAGCCUGGGUGUCACAAUCCACUUUCAUAGCUGCCUUCUCAUGACCUGCCUGCUGCUGAUCUUCACCCACGCCUCCAUCAUGUCCUUGCUAGCCAUUGCCGUGGACCGAUACCUGCGGGUCAAGCUCACGGUCAGAUACAAGAGGUUCACCACUCAAAGACGAAUAUGGUUGGCUCUGGGCCUUUGCUGGCUGGUGUCAUUCCUGGUGGGAUUGACUCCCAUGUUUGGCUGGAACAUGAAACUGAACUCAGAGUACCACAAAAAUCUCACCUUCCUUUCCUGCCAAUUCCGUUCCGUGAUGAGGAUGGACUACAUGGUCUACUUCAGCUUCUUCGCUUGGAUUUUCAUUCCCCUGGUUGUCAUGUGUGCCAUCUACCUUGACAUCUUCUAUGUCAUCCGGAACAAACUCAAUCAGAACUUUUCUAACUCCAAAGAGACAGGUGCAUUUUAUGGACGGGAGUUCAAGACAGCCAAGUCUCUGUUUCUGGUUCUUUUCUUGUUUGCUUUGUCCUGGCUGCCUUUAUCCAUCAUCAAUUGUAUCAUCUACUUUAAUGGUGAAGUACCACAAGUUGUGCUCUACUUGGGCAUCCUGCUGUCCCAUGCUAACUCCAUGAUGAACCCUAUCGUCUAUGCUUAUAAAAUAAAGAAGUUCAAGGAAACCUAUCUCUUGAUCCUCAAAUCCUGUGUGAUCUGCCAGCCCUCUAAUUGCUUGGACUCAAGCACUGAGCAGACUUCUGAGUAGCUAUCCAUGAAAGAUGACUCUCCAUUCCAUUACCCUUCAGAUUCAGCAUGGACAAACACUUGAGGGCCUACCCACCCGGGCCAUGGGCUCUCACGUGUUUGAUUCCUUCCAGUGAUGUGGGAUGCAUUUGGCUGGCUGUCUCCAAUUUUAUCUUCCCUACUACCCUCUUUCUCUAAUUCAAUUUUUUUCUUGUCCUUCUUUUCUAAUUCAAUUUUCUGGGUGUCUGACUUGAGGACAAUAGUCUAUUGUUACUACUGCCUGUGUUCCUCCUUCCCAAACAGAAGUCAUGGAAUCUGAAGGAUGCCUCAUUGACUUACUGACAAAAGGGUCCCAACUGGGCUGGACAUGGACGUAAUGGUGACUCAGUUCUACUCCAUUAUGGAACUAAGCAGAGAACCCUGCUCUCAGCAGAUACCUGGAGGAUGGAUGGAAUGCAAGGAGUGAACUGAGUUUAAGAGGGACUUAACUUGCUGGAUUCACCUGUAAAUGUAUUUGAGUAAAUAAAAGAU